CACUCAGAAAAAUGGCGGCACUCAUCCUGCAAGACUUGGAUGGUUCCGAGCUGUCCAAGUUGUCAAAAGGAACACUUAACAAACUUGAGAAGAUUUUAUCUGAUCAGUGCUAUGAAAUCGACAAUCUCAAAGCCCAACGGGAGCAAUUCCGAGUUGACAGUGAGCAACAUUCAUUUGACAAGGUAAAACAGCUUGCUCAAUGUCAGGAGGACUUUCUGAGACACACACAAGAGCACAGUAACCUUAAAGAGGAGUUGGAGAAAAUCGAGAAUGAACUCAAAAGUGCCCGUGAGAAGAACCUGCAGUAUGAGAAUGCUCAAGAAAAGUCAUUUUCAGAACAGACUAUGCUUUCAAAAGCCAAGGAAGAACUGGAGACGCAAAAGCUUGAACUUGUGCGGACACUUGAGAGAAGAAGCUUGGAGGUGGAGCAUUUAAAUGGUGAGUUAAGGCAACUGAAUGAUAAAUUGGUGGAGGUCAACGCCACCAAGAUGUCUCAGCAGCUGAGAUUAGACGAACUGGACGCAGCCGAAGUCAACAUUAAAUACAGAGAGAAGCGUCUGGAACAAGAAAAAGAGCUGCUGGCUGAACAAACAUCUUGGCUGAAUGCAGAGUUGAAGUCCAAGAGUGAAGAACUUUUGAGCCUAUCUCGACAGAAGGGUAAAGAAAUCCUGGAACUGAAAUGCACUCUGGAGAAUAAACUGGAUGAGUUGAACAGAGUUCAGGAACAAGUGGCCAGUCUUAAAGCAUUGAAUGAAAACCACCAAAAACAGAAUGAGGACUUAAUCCACAAACUGAAAGAAGCCAAGGAGCAGCAGACCACUAUAGAGGAAAAGUUCCGAAAUGAGCUAAAUGCCAACAUUAAGCUCUCUAAUUUAUACAAGGGAGCAGCAGCUGAUUCCGAGGCCAAAGGUGAAGAACUGGGUCGCGCUGUAAACGAGUUGCAUACACUGCUACAAGAGGCAGGGGAAGCCAACAAAGCUCUUGAGGAGAAUCUGCAAGUGGCCAACGCUGCUUCGGAAAAGACUGUUGCUGAGCUAAAGGAGAAGAUCCAAGUGCUUGAAAAGGAACUGGACAACGCCAAUGAGCUCCUUUCUAACUCGAAACGAAGAGGUCCACUUGGCACAUCUGUGCUCACUGAGGCGCAAAUAACAACAGUGUCUCCGACAGCCGCUGCUGUGGCAAAGAUUAAACCUGGAAUGAAGCUCACUGAGUUGUACACUGCCUAUAUAGAAAGCCAGGAGCAGCUGCAGUUGGAGCGCUUGGAGAACAAGCGGGUCAACAAAUAUCUCGAUGACAUAGUGCAAGAAGUGGAAGCAAAGGCUCCACUUCUGAAACGGCAAAGGGAUGAGCAUGAGCGCAUGCAGAAAUCAGUGGCCAGUCUCUCAGCCAAGCUGGAACAGGCUGUCAAGGAGGUGCACCGCCUGCAAAAUGAAGCUGAUGAAGCCAACAAGCGUUCCUCUCUUAUGGAAAGGGACAAUAAAAGGUUUGAACUGCAGCUCUCGGACAUGGCACAGCAGGUGCGUGUCCUUCUUAUUGAGCUGGAGGAGGCCAGAGGAAACCCCGUGUUAAUUGAGGAGGGGUUGAGCUCUGCGGAUGUCAGCAGUACCUCAGAAGUCAUUAGUCAACACUUGGUGACCUUCCGCAGCGUGGAAGAGCUACAGAAGCAGAAUCAGCGACUUCUGGCGGCCCUCAGGGAUCUCAGUGAAGCCCAGGAGAAAGAAGAGUUGGAAGCCUCCGGCUCCAGGCGCGGUGAAGUGGAGCAGAGUUUGGAGACCACUCUGGCUGAGGUGGAGUCCCUGAGGGAGCAACGCAGCCAGCACGUCAAGAUGACAGAGUCCAUCAUGAGGCAAAGAGACAUGUAUCGAGUGCUGUUGGCUCAGGCAACGGGAGUGACCUUCCCUCAGCAAGGUACCUCACCCGAGGAACUCACCCUCACGUCCACCCCACGCCGUUCACCUGCAGCCACGCCCACCACCGGGACUCCCGCUGCACUCGUCUCCAUGGCAACUGAUACUGCCGAAGCAUUGGAGGCCAAGGCAGCCUUGCGACAAUUGCAGGAGGUGUUUUCCUCCAAUAAAAAGGAGCAACUGGAGAGUGAGAAGGCACUGACCGAGCAGAAUGACAAACUCCUGGAGCAGCUCUCAGAUCUUCGCUCCCAGAAUGCCAAGACGGCAACGCAGUUGGAAUUUGCCUCCAAGAGGUAUGAGAUGUUGCAGGACAAUGUCGAGGGCUACAGGAAAGAGAUCGCUUCCCUCCGAGAGAAGGAACAGAAAAUGGCCUCUGCCACACAGAAGCAUGAGCAGACCAUCAACACAUUAAAUGAGGACCUGCGAGCUGCACAGGAAAAACUUGGAAUGGCAGAGGGUCUCUCUGAGGGUCUGCGUAAAGAGAGAGACAUGUUGAAACUAGUUGAGGUUAGGUUGAAUCAAGAGAAGGAUAUGAUCCUGAGCCAACAACAGAGUCAGAACCUUUUGUUGACCAACCUUCAGGCUAUUCAGGCUACACUCGAGCGUUCAGAUGCUGACACGCGUCAGCGGCUUAACAGCCAGCUCGAGAAGCAAGAGCGAGAGAUCUCUCAGCUACAGAAGAGGUUGGAGCAUGAAGUGGAACAGCGCUAUUUGCUCAGCAGAAACCAAGAGAUCCAAGUCAUGGAAGCAAAGCGGCAACUGGAAACGCAAGUGGCUUUACACCAGAAGACAAAAGAGAUGCUGAAUGCUGCCGAGAUGGAACUCCGCUCCCUCAGGAUGGAGCAAGGUGGCGGCGAACAACGUCACAUCCUGGGCUCCCCCUCCACGCCCAAAUCUAGAGUUUCAAAUCAAGAGCGGGAGGAUCUUCAGGGUCGCUUGCUGCAGGCAGAAACACGGGUAGAGCAGUUGGCAGAGAGCCUUAAAGCAGCCACGUCCAGCAUGGAGCAAUACCGAGCCAUGGCUCUGAGUCUGGAGGAAUCUCUGGAGAAAGAGAAACAGGUAACGGAGCAGGCUUGUGCCUCCAUUGAAACUCGUGUGAAGGAGGCUGAGGAGCAGCACCGCGUUCUUGAGGAGAAGCUUCUGGAGGCUGAGAAAGAGAAGCAGAAUAUAGAAGAAGAAAAUAGGAAGGCAAUGACCUCCCUGAACGAGCAGAUGGAUGGGCUAAAAAGGGAUCUGAUCAGCGCCCAGGCAGAACACCACAUGGCACUAGAGCGUUUGUCAACUGCUGAAUCCCAGCAGCUGCAGGCUUUACAAGACAGCCAAGAGCAGGCUAAACUGGCAGCCGAAGCACAAGACAAGUAUGAGCAGGAGAUGAUGCUGCAUGCUGCGGAUGUGAAGGCUAUGCAGGAUGCCAAGGCUCAGGCCCUGCAAGCAGUUGAGCUCAGACAUCAGCUCGAAGAGAGUUCUCAAAGAAUCAGCGCCGAGCUCAUGGAGUCCAAGAUAUCCUGGGCGGAGCAGGAAAAGAUCCUCAAGGAGGAGAUGUCCAAGAUAGAAAGCCGCUUUGAAGAGUUGCAGAGGCAGAACACUCUCUUGCAUGAACAGAUUGAGGCAAUGAGUAGCAAAAUGGCAGAGAAUUUGCAGCGCGCUUCAAGUGAGAGUCCACUUAACAUCUCUCUGACUGAGGAAGGCAAAUCUCAGGAACAAGUCCUUGAGAUUCUAAGGUUUGUGCGUCGUGAAAAGGAGAUUGCAGAGUCUCGUUUUGAGUUUGCUCAAGGGGAGACUUUGCGUUACCGUCUAAGGGUUGAACAUCUGGAACAAGAACUAAGAGAGGUUCAGGACAGCUUGAGUGCUGCUCGUGAGAGGAUGCAGGUGACAGCAAAGACCCUGGCCCAGCAUGAUGAGCUGAUGAAAAAGACUGAAACCAUGAGCAUUCUGAUGGAGACAAACAAGAUGCUGCGAGAGGAGAAGGACAAAUUGGAGAAAGAACUACAGCAGACCCAAGAGAAGGUACAAAAACUGGAGUCGGAGGUUUUGCCACUGAAACAGGCCAACAAUGAGCUGAGCGAGAAGAGCGGAAUGCUACAAAUGGAGCAAAAAAUACUCAACGAAGAAAUCAAGCGCUGGAAGGCUCGGACGCAGCAUUUGGUGAGUCAGCAGAAAGAUUCCGAUCCGGAUGAAUACAAGCGUCUACAUACGGAGAAGGAAGGACACCUUAAACGUAUUCAGCAGCUCACUGAAGAGAACAACAGAAUCAAAGCAGAGGUUAUCAGGUCCAGCAAUCUCACCACAUCCCAACAAAGCCAAAUCCAAAACUUGGCUGACAAUUUGAGCAAGAUAACCGAUGAGAAAAAUUUGCUGAAAGAAGAGGUUGUUGCCAAAAGUCUUGAAAUCCAGGAGAAGGUGAAGAUGAUUACCCAGGUCAAAAAGCUUGGACGCCGCUACAAGAUCCAGUAUGAUGAGCUCAAGGUAGAACAUGACAAGAUGACGGCUGAAGCUGCAGGGCCAUCCAAAGACGAAGAGGCGCGUCAAGCCUCGGUUCAGGAACUGCAGGUAGUUAAAGAUUCUCUUAGCCAAGCUGAAACCAAGAUUAAAGACUUGGAGGGACAGCUGGAGAACAUGAACAAGGUGGUCGCAGAGCGUGAAAUGGAGGUACACAAUGCUCAGGAACAAUCUUCCAGGCUUCAGACCGAGCUGGGCAGGCUAAGGCAAGAGCUGCAGGACAAAGAGGAGACACUCAAACAGCAAAUGGCAGACAAAGUGGAUAAGACCAGGAAGGCGAUUGUUUUUGCCAAGCAAAGAAUCAACCAGCUCUUGAGCGCUAAGGAUGAGCUGCGGAAAGAAAAUGAGGAGUUGAAGCAGCGAUUUGAGGAGCAGAAGCAGCAAAGUGACGAGUUAGAGGUGCGCGUAAGCGCUAUCAAAUCUCAGUACGAGGGACGCUUUAACCGACAAGAGAGAGAGCUGAGAGAACUGCGAGGUCAUCAAGAGAGACAAGACCAAAAAGAUGAGUCUUCUGAGGCAGGUCCAAGCAAACCUCAGGAGCAGCAGAGGAGCACAGAACAGCGACAGAUCAGUCUUAAGUCUACGCCUGCUGCAGACCGGGGCAGUGCCAGUGCCUCUGACCCGCCAACUGCCAACAUAAAGCCAACACCUGUCGUGGCCACACCUAGCAAGCAGGCUGUCAACCCAGGGAACAAACCCACUCCAAGGGCAAGCAUCAGGCCCAUGAUCACCCCAGCCACGGUGCCCACUCCAACACCCACCGCUACGGUCAUGCCCACAACGCAGGUCGAGACCCAGGAAGCCAUGCAGACCACAGAGAGUCCGCCGGUGGAGCAUGUGACUGUGUACGGGAGUGCCAGUGGUUCUGUGCGCUCGGCGAGCCCCAACAUCCAGACCACCUUGGCCAGCCCCAUGCUGACUGUGCAGCAAACCCAGACGCAAGCCACAGCUUUUGUCCAGCCAACGCAACAGCAAAGCGUGGCCCAUGCCGAGCCAGUCAGUCAGGAGCCGCCGCCUGUGAUCAUUGAGGCGACGCAGAGCUCGCAGGUGGAACGGCCUUCGACAUCCUCCACCUCUGCUGUCUUCGGAACUGUUUCAGCCACACCAGGAUCUUCUUCUUCCUCCUCUUCGUUGUCCAAAAGGCCCCGUGAAGAAGAUGAAAGUAGCAGCGCUGUUGUCACAGAUACUGAAGCCCCUCAGGAGGACACCUCCAGGGCUCCUGUACCCAAGAAGCUGCGCAUUAUCCAGAGAGUGGGGCCCGAGGAGGAAAUGAUGGCUGAUGACAGCGCUGAAGCUGAGGGAGUGGUACCGACAGACAGUCAAGAAGGUGUAGAAGCCAGUCAGACUGAAGAGCUUGCGGCUCUGGAUGAAGAGGAUGAGAGUGCAGCCUCUCAGUCUACCACCAUGCACCAAGAAGUUGCUCUUGCACAGAGUGAAACUCCUGAGCAGCAGCUCGAAGUCAUCGUCAUCGUAACCGAUACGGAGAGUGAGGAAAACCCUGAAGAAGGGGAUGAAGAGGAGGACGAGCAGGACUACGAAGAGGGCGAUGAGGAGGAAGAUGACGAGGAGGAGGUGGAAGAAGAGGAGGAAGAAGACGGGGGGAUCGACGGAGAGGAGAGUAACGAGGAGAGCGGAGAAGGCAACGAAGCCUACGAAGGAGAUGACGCAGAGGGAGUUGACGUAACCGACCCAGGGACAGAGACGGAGGAGAGUUUGGGGGCGUCCGACUCCACCCAGAGGCCAGCCGAUUCCCAGACGGCAAGCUUUGAGGCCACCACAAUGGAGGCCUUCUCUACCGAGCAACCCAUCACAAGCUCCGGUAUACGUAUGCCCCAAACGCAGAGGAGACCAACGCAUCCACUUCCCCCCUCCCAAAUGCCCCAGCGCAUCCCUGCUCGUCGCCAGUCGGCAGGCAGGGUCCCUCAGCUCUCUGGGGUCCCCAGCAGUGCCCAGCAUCUCAUUGACGAAGAGGACAGGAUGGUACCGAGCGCGCCCACGCUGGUGGUGCCGCACCGCUCGGACAGUUUUGACCAGGCCGUCCACAGCUCUCCCCAAAUGACUGCAAGGACCUUCCGUUUCGGCCAAUCGGACGAAGUGCCGCAGACCAGCUCGGAUCUCGGCCAGCUUGCAGCCCAAGGAGGUCUUGGCAUGUUUGACAGCCCCAUGUUCCUCACAUCUCACGAGGAGGAGUCUGACGGGUAUAGCGUGCCCACCACACCGCUUCAAGUGACAGCCCCAGUCUUCUCUGACGCCGUUCCGUCAGAUGCAGCAGAGCAGGCCUCUCAGUCGGUUCCCACGGUGAGCACGUCCACUCCCGGCAUACUCGCACCAGGCACCGCCAGCACAAGCGAGGAACGAGACGACGUCUUCCUCGAGUCUGACCCCGAUAAUUCCAGGCCCAGCGCCGAGAGUUCGGUGGACGCUGUGGUAUCUCAGGAUGAUUUGGUGGAACCCAGUCAGCCUUCCGACACGGCCAGCCUGCCGUCCACCAGCCAGGAGCCUUCGUCCAGCUCUGCAGAUACCAGCAGCGCUCCGACCAGGGCCGCGCCCAGCCGACAGCUGCAACGUUGGCCGGGGAGCCGAGGUGGGCGCGUCAAGAGAGGAGGUCAAGCGUUUCCUUCCCGAGGAGUCCAUGGCAGACGCAUUGCCAGGUGAAAUCCUGACAGUCUCCUCAAGUCAGUCUUCUUGAUCUCCUUCACUUGUUCUAAACCUUUCUGGUUUUGUUAUCGCUUACAAACAAUUCAUGUUAUGAUCGCCGUCUAUGCUGAACUUUUGUGUUUUCUGAAGCGUAUUAUUAAAGGUUUUAAAGCAGUCCAA